AUGAAGAACUUCAUUUUGGCCCAAACUAAGCAAAACAAAGAGUUCCUAAACCAAGAUAUUCAUGUAAAUGAACUGAUGACACAAUUAGGAACUAAGGUUGAUUCGAUAAUCACUCACAAUAAGAUUCUUGAAACCCAAACCUCACAAAUAGCACAACAACAAGCCCCCAAGGCCACACCUGGAGGGCAAUUUCCUGGACAACCUCAACCCAACCCCCGAGGGCAAGCUAACGAUGUUACCCUACGAAGUGGGACCUCUUAUGACGAACCUGUAAAACCAAACUUGAGUGGAUCAGAGGCUUAUAAGAAAAAUGUUGUGUCUACAAAUAAAGUAGAGGAAAUAGAGGGACAAAAAGACCAGGAAGUGAAAGAUAAGGGAGAAGAUAAAGAUAAAGUUUAUGUUCCACCCUCUCCUUAUAAACCACCAAUUCCAUACCCACAAAGAAUUAAACAGACCAAAAUUGAUAACCAAUAUAAAAAGUUUAUAAAGGUGAUCGAGAAACUCCACGUAGAAAUCCCAUUCACCGAAGCCGUCACCUAG